UAUGAUAUCUGAAGCAUGGACUAACAGUAAUAUUUCCGACCGAAGUAUAUCUCUUGAUAACUAUUCCCUAUAUAGAAGCGAUAGAUUGAAUGGACGAGGCGGAGGAUGCCUUAUUUACGCUCACUCUAGCCUAAACUCACUGCUAUGUGAUAUGCCUGAACUAAACAAACUGAAGGAUUCGGUGUGGAUUGUAUUAAAGCCGUCGAAUUCCGUUACCUUACUGCUCGGCUGUGUUUAUCGUCAACCUAACGCAUCAAUAGAUGAAAUAGCAGUAUUAUCGGAGGUAUUCACACUAGCAUCAUCCCUCUCAUUCACAGGCAAGCUCAUUUGUGGUGACUUCAAUAUGCCCGAAAUUUCUUGGCUGCCAGUCAAAGCGCCGAGACGUUAUGAAUCAUUUAUUGAAUGUCUAGAGCUUGGACAAUGGACUCAGUAUGUCGAUAGCCCUACCAGACAUCAAAACAUCUUAGACUUAGUCUUUACCAGUGGCCUCAUCCCCAAUACUUUGUAUAUUGGAAAAAAGUUCCCAGGUAGUGAUCACAACAUUGUCAUAUGCAGCCUUAAUGUAAAAACCACAACCGAUAGAAGUAAAACCGUAACACUUCGUAGAAACUAUCGCAAGGUUGAUUGGAAUAACUUCCACAAUUACCUAAGAAGCACUGAUUGGAGAACUUUCUUUACCUCAAACAAUACCGACACAUUAACCAAUAUAUUUUAUCACAACAUCAAAAGUAUCAUCAACAACAUCGCACCUUUAGAAUACUGUAAACCUACGUUCUCCAAAGAUCUCUAUAUACCGGUCAGUACAAGAAGACGUCUUCAAAGACAUUGUACUCGAUUCCACAACUUAAAUGACUUUUCCUCUUUAGUAACGAUGACAGAAAUACUUGUCCGAACAGAGGCAAUAAGUAAACAAAAAGCAGUAGCACAGGAAAAACGUGCAGUUGAACUUAAUAAUAACUCCUCUGCACUCACCAUACUACUCCAAAAUAAACUUAAACGCUCUAAAUCGAGAGGGAGUAUAUUCAUUAAAGGCAAACAAGUAUACGAAGAUCCCAAACUUAUCACAGAAUUAUUUAGUGAACAUUUUUGUUUCUCACUAACUAACGAAAAACCAUUUAAUGAUUCAGAACCAAUCCCAGUAACUCCCUGUGAAAUUACUAAUGUAGAAUUCAGUGUACAAAAUAUCUCCAAGGCAAUCAGUACAUUGAAACACUCCUACACUGAUGGACCAGAUGGUAUCCCAUCUAGCAUGCUAAAACGUGGAGGUGAUGAUAUGUGUGUUUUGCUUCUCAAACUAUUCGCGAUAUCACUCUCUUCAGCGUGUUACCCUACUGCCUGGAAAACUACACAUAUCAUUCCCAAAAUUAAAACAGGACCUGAAGCAAACGUUGAAAAUUACCGGCCUAUAAACAUAACUUCAGUGGUAUCCAGAGUGAUGGAAAAAGUAGUUAAGGCGGCUGUAGUCCAACAUCUACUAACUAAUAAUCUCAUCUCGACCUCCCAGCAUGGAUUUCUUAGGUCCAGAUCAUGCGAUACAUGCCUAGUAGACUACCUGAAUGAUAUAACUCUGAAACGAGACAGCGGACUCCUUGUAUCAGUCCUAUUCCUAGACUUUAAGAAAGCCUUUGAUAAGGUCCCACACAAAAGGCUACUCGUCAAACUAAAGUCCUUCGGAAUACACAACCCACUGUACUCAUGGUUUGCUUCGUUCUUAACAGAACGUAAACAGAUGGUAAAGUACAAUGACUGUCUCUCGUCCCCUAGACCAAUCACCAGUGGAGUCAUCCAGGGAAGCGUAUUAGGUCCACUUUUGUUUCUUAUGUAUAUAAACGAUAUAUGUAACACCAUAGAAUUUGGGAAACCAUACUUAUAUGCUGAUGAUCUCAAAAUAGUAUACAGCUAUAAG